CAAUUUUACGAUGUCAAUAACUCAAAUCAAAAAUCUCUUAUUAAACGGACCUUUAGAUGCGGUUUGUGGUGCGAAUGUAGUUUAUCUGGCAAUGAAUGGUAACAAUUUGAGUAGAUAUGAAGACAUCAGAACUUUGGCAGAUCGUGCGGUAAAUUCGGCAUUAGCGGAAAUAUCUGAUACGGAACGAAGAAUAAGAAUCUUGGAAGUACUUCCCGAACUGAAGGUUGGGGAGUGCCGGCCUGGAAGAGCAAUGUCGUCAGAUGUUGAAGGUUUCUGCUCCUCCCUAGCUGUGCGUGACUAUACAACCAAAACUAUGCUAAUCGGACACAAAAGCGUUGUUGGUUUGCUUUCAAUAGAGGCUUUGAAUACGGAUAGGGAAUUACCCCAAGACCAUUCGAGAGAUGAGAUAGAACGAAAUCUUAACACCUUAAAAUCCAAACUCGAGCACCCUGUAUUAGAAAGUGAUGCAAACCUUUAUGGUUCUCUCAGGGUAAAUCUGGGCAAUAUUAAUCAAUCGGAGCUCACGUGGAAGGAUCCUGAAGCUAGCAUGGUGAUCAGCGAUGAAUCGGAGAUAGUGAACAAAUUGGGAACGAGACAGAAGCGUAUAUUUAUGGAGCCUCGCGAGAAUAUGAGAUGCGUUCUCCCUAAUUCAGUCGUAUCCAAGUGCAAAGAGUUUGUUGAAAAUUUCGAUAACACAAAUGUUCCAAGAGAUAUGGGGAAUAUUAUUCAUAAUAAAACAUGGAAAGAAAGUGAAUCUGAGUUAUUGAAAAUAGCAGAGCGUAUUCUGAGUGUACUCGGGGAGAUUUGGAGUAAUCCAGCAUUUGCAACUAGUACAUCUCGUAAUCAACAAAGCGAGGGGACAUAUAUAACAGAUGUCAUAGUCCCAUUACUUCGGGCGAGUUUGGGGGAUCUUCCAAAUGAUUACAUUUGCUUGAGCACAGCGGAACGCCAGAGUCUUGCAAGCAAAGCUCGGAGAAAUAUAGGGUUUAGCGGAGAACGUAUGGGGAAGAAACCUGACGUUAUGAUGAUGAUAAAAAUUAUGGAGAAGAUCUUUGAGCUUGCAUAUGUUGAAUCCUCUCGUAUCAACUGUAGUAAAACUAAAAAAAAUGACGAUUACGUGAAGCUAUGGAGAGAAACAUUGGAUGGGGUAAGUUUCAUUGACGCAACGUGUAGACCAAUGGCUAAUCAAUUUGGUGUUGAAGGGAUACAGGUAGCUGGUGAUGUUAUGUAUUUGAAUGUUCUUAUCAAGGAUGCGGGAGGUAUACCACGUUAUUUUCAUUUAGAUCACGCAGAAAUACCAUUAUUUCCAACUUCAUUCCAUCGUGUGGGCUCUCUUCUACGGUUAUUGCUGACUUUAAGGAACAUUAUGAUUGUAAAUAAGAGUUUGUUGAUGCGAGCAUUGGAACAGGCUAGUUCACACCCACCCAGAAACGUUCAUCCGAGCCCUACUGUUCCCUCCCCUCUACAUGAUAAUUAG